AACACGCCAGGCUACUGAAUAUAUCGACACCUCUUUGGAAAAUAUGACAAUUCGAAUCGGUUGAUCACCACAAUAUUGAAGCACACUAGAAGACGAGCGAGUCGCAAAAAGUUAGCUCUAUAAGUUCUCUCCAACCAUGUUAAAGCCAUCGGAGGCUUAUCCUGGGAAUCGAGCAGGUAAUAUCCUAUGCGUAAACAGAAAUUUUCCAGGCCGUGAUUAUAAUAAGAGGGUGGGCCGGAUUUUGACUUGCGGAGUAUUGACGUUGAUAUGUUCCUAUAUCAUGGCGCAACAAUUUCCCGUAUUACAAGAUUGAAAGCUACUACAAUAUUGAAAAUCCACGAGUGAUCACGUCCUCACGUCAUUUGAUUGCCGUAUUUAUUCAAAUACCCAAGUUAGUAAUAGUAUGAGUAAAAUUAUUACAAUAUUUUAUACAUGUAAUCAGUAUUAUUAGUAAAAAAAUAUAUAGUAAUCUUUUAGAUAUCAC